AGUUGUGGGCGGAAGAUGUAGUCGCCCAUAUUGACAAGUGUCGGGGGAGAACCACAACAAAGUGUGGCGGCUGAUCUCUCCUCCUGCUGCAGCACCUCCUGCACCUCCUCCAGCAGCAGGGUCUUGAUGAGUACCGCCCUCACCCGUUACUACUGCCUCCAGGGAUCAGUGUCCUAGGAUUUACGGAAAACCAUGGCAGCCCUAGAGAAAUUGAUUCGUGCCUUUGAGGCAGUAAAACUGUCUCAGGGAGGCAAUAGUACAAAUGGAGGGAAUCCUUCGAUGACAACUGCCGGGGCUCAGGCUAGUGAACAGCGUCCGCCAGAACACUCGAGAACAAUGGCUGCAUUAGCAUCCUCGCUGUCACAGCAGAGCCAGGGAUUGCUCAGCAGAAAAGAUCAAGUACUGAGCAGCAAGGAGAAAGCUGCCACAUGUUCGGUCAUAGCUGAUGCCCUAGUGGGGGCAAAACCCACAGAAAUGCAGAGACUGUUGUCAGUUGGCAUAGAGACCCUGCUGCUUCUUACAGCUGAUUCCGAUCCAGAUGUCAGGAUGAAUGCCAACGAGUCACUGAAUAGAGUUAUCAGAAGCCUGUCUGAAACUCAGUUGGGUAAAAUCCAAGUUGAAUUGUACAAGGAAAUAAAGAAGAACGGGUCAGUGCGUAGCUUGAGAGCUGCUCUAUCUAGAUUUGCUGCUCUGUGUCACCACAUCAGGCCUCAAAAAGGUCGCGCCUAUGUUCAAAACCUCUUACCUUAUGUGACACGGAUGGCUCGCAGGCCAGAAGAGCCCCUUUUAGAAACACUUGCUGCUGCCCUUGAAAAAAUUAUGCCAACCCUUGGUCAUUUCACUAAUGACAAUGAAAUUAAAAAUCUUCUUAAGGCAUUUCUUCCUAAUCUUGGCCAUACCUCCUCGGCUGUCCGUCGAUCAGCAGUGUCAUCUCUUACGGUUCUCUGCUGUCAUUCUCGGAAGCCACCCAUGUUCUUGGGCUGGCUGCUAAGCACCAUUCUGCAAAUUCUAGUACCAGUCCAAACUGAUACAUCAACUAGCCAAAUUCUUGGCUGCCUUCUGUGCCUACGCUCAUUGGUGCCUCAUAUAGGGAAACUUUGUGCUCCUGUUAUUCCCUCAGAUGUACAGCACUCCCAGCAUACCACUCACCUGCACCCUGCAGAGUAUACUGUGUCCUAUGAUCAGAUGCUCCAGGUUUAUGAGUUAUGUCUGCAUUUUAGUGCUCAUUCAGACCACAACAUAGUCACUGCAAGUUUAGAAACACUUCAGACAUUACUUCAGAAUCCACCUGUGGCCCUUCUCCUUACUCUCACUACUCCUGAAGGCAUCACAAGGUCUAGGAUCAUGGCUGAUCCCCGAACCAGUCUGCUGUCAUCUAGGGUGUCCAGUCAGAUCAGUGUGGCUCCAUCACUGUUUGAAGAAGACAGCUUGUUGUUGGAUCUGGAAGGUGGCAGUGGAAAAGUUAGUAUGGAUAUGGAUACACCUGAUGAGAAAUUAGACUUUGAGGAAAGCACGAAGGAAGAAGAUGACCAGGGAGGAGGACUCGGUGAAGUACAACAAACUGACAUUGCUGAAGAUGAACCUGACAAGAAUGUCAGUGAUUUGUAUUCCAGCAUUGAAAUAGGAAAGCUUACAGAUACCUCAGUGCUUUUUGGUAGAGGAGAAAUCAACUUAAAUGGAGAGAAGCGUUGUGUUGAGCGUGAUAAGAGGAAACACAUUUACCACAUAUCAUCUCAUGCUCAUAAUAAAUCCCUUGAAGAUAGGCCACUCUCCAUAGAUAAGGCGAGUGGCUCAAUUGGCUCUUUCUUUGAUGAAAACCUUCCUGUGCGGUAUCUUGUACGAUAUCUAACUUCUUCGUUCCUUCUAUCUGGGCAUGUUGGGUCAUUAGUUCCUGAUCGCACGGUCCGGGUCAGCGUUAAGGUGUUGGCCCUUAACUGUGUUGGGCUGGCUGUGAUGGUGAUGCCCUCGUUGAUGGCUGAACCUAUGUUUGUUGAUGCAGCUGGGGAAUUGGAGCUGCAGCAGCACAUUGAUGAUACCUUGAGGUUUCACAGCCAUUCCGACCCCCAACUUGGUGCAAGUGUGGGCAUUGUUAUUGGGCAGUUCAUACGGGCUAGUCUUGUUCAUGGUUGUGGACAGUAUAAUGAUUUUGGUAGACCAGGGUUACCCUUAUCUUCACUUCUUGAAGUGCUUUGCAAGUUACUCGGGAACGAGUCGAGCGUAACAGCACGAGGUGCUGUGGGUGGCCUGGGACUGUGCCUGGGAGAGCUGCUCCAUUCCUUUCACGCAGCAGUGAUACUCACGGUUUUGCCUCAUUUAGUAAAUACAGCCUCAAACCCCUAUUGGUUGGUCAAAGUUGAGCUGUGUGAUCUUCUGUCAGGAUUACCUCUGAGUUAUACAGAUCAUGUAGAAAGCAGUAGUAGUUACAGCACUACAGGCAGCUCUGUUCCUCUCAGGCCUGCAGACAGGUUUUCUCAUCGUGUGUUGACAGCCGUUCUGAUUCCACUCCUGGCAGAUCAGGACCCCAGAGUUCGUUCAGCGGCUGCUUCAGCUUGUGUCAAAUUAGUACCUGAAAUAAUGAGCACUGGAGACUUGAUUCAUAAAGUGGCUUCCAGUCUUGUGCAUAGUGGCUGCCUCAAAGGUGAUAAGGAGGACUUUGGAAAUUAUUCACAGUCACCACAGCACUGGUCCUGCAGGGGCCUUCCCUCGUUGCCAGUUACACCACUCCAUCGGCUCUUUACUGAGAUGCACGUUAAUCCAGCUGAAUGCCAUGGUUCAGCCCAAGGUCCUGUGACCUCACAGGUCUCUCAGUCUCUCUCCCGCCUUAUAUGUGCAUUUACAACUCAUCUCAUGAGUACCAAUAGCAAGUUCUUAAUGCUUGGGUGUGUUGAGGCUCUGUCACAACUAAGUGAGAAGUAUCCUCCUGCCCUCUACCCAGCAGCAUGGGGCUGUCACAUCACUCAUGUGCAAGCAAGUGAGAAUAACACGCAUAUUGGACUGAUCACACACGUCCUCUCCUUGGCUGGGGAAUCUCCAGUCGCAGGGGACCUCAACGUACAGCAGAAUAUUCUCACGAUAGCUUCAAAUAUUCUUGCAGGUAUUGCAGUUGAAGUAAUAAGACUAGGGAGAGAAGAUAUUGGGGGAGUUAAGACACCGUGGUCAUUUUUAGGAUCCCAACAGGUAACUGGUGUGGCAGAGUGUGUGGUGCAGCACAUCCUCCGUAUCCUGUGUGUGUACACCCACGUGCUGGAGGACAUCCUGCCGGGUUCAAGACCUACACUUGCUCCCCUAGCUCCACAAACAACACUUUCCCCCAUUAAAAGAAGAUCACGAAGUGAUUCUGCUGGUGACAAGAACCGGACACAUUCACCCAGUAAUGGAGAGAAAAAUGAUGGUGAGGAGAAAGAAAGGAAGCCACUGAAACCUGGAACUAUUGGAGCAUUUUCACACUUGCCAGAAUAUAUUAAAAUGUAUGAUGUGCUAAAAAAUGCUCACACAAAUUAUAAGAUGUCAUUGGAAGAGAACACAACAGAGAAGCUUUGUGGAUUGCUUCGAGUAGCCCUGAUUAGCCUGGGGAGACUCUUGGAAGUGGCAUCAAUGGUCGAAUUUGGGAAACUUGCAGACGAAAUGCUUCAGUAUUUGAAAGUUGUUACAUCUCUCCUUCCAACACUUACAGUGCAAUGUGGGCAACAGCUUCUGAAGUGCUUGUUUGGAUCAAAUGUGAUGGCCCUCUUUGACCAGCUGUACCGAAAGGUGUCUGACCCCUUACCUCACGUGUCUGUGGAUCCAGCUGGUGCCACAAGCAAGCGGACAACAGAGGAGCCUAAUAAUACAGGACUUCAUCAUCUCUGUUUCAGUAUCCCUUUGACAGAACUGGAGAAUGACUUGACUGCGAUGUCUGCUGCCAGGAAGGAUAGUGACCCCAUCAGUUUGAGUCUGAGUCAGCGAAAAGGGAAUUCUAAUAUCUUUAAGACCCUUGGACGUGGCAACGAUAAGUUAUCGUUAAGUUCUUAUAUACGACUUUUUGAGCCAUUGGUUAUCAAAGCCUUAAAGCUAUAUACAGUGUCAAGUGAUGUUGUUAUGCAGAGAUCAGUACUGCAGCUGCUGAUUCACCUUGUACAGAUUCGUGUUAACUACUGUCUUUUGGACUCUGAUCAAAUAUUUAUUGGUUAUGUUAUCAAACAAUUUGAAUACAUUGAAGAAGGACAAAUCAAGCAAGCCGAGGAACUGAUCCCCUCAAUGUUUCGAUUUCUCGUGUUGCUAUCAUAUGAGCGGCACCACAGUAAGAGCAUUAUUGGAGUUCCUAAGAUCAUUCAGCUUUGUGAUGGUCUUAUGGCUAGUGGACAGCCUCCUCUAUCUCACUGUAUAUUGGCACUCCAACCAUUAGUGGAGGAUCUUUUCCUAGUGCGGAGCACAACGAAUACGGCAGACCAACGAGAACUUGAGACUCAACGAGAAGUCCUUUGCUCCAUGCUUUUAAGACUUGCACACUAUCACCAGGUUCUUCGCCUUAUCUCCCUGGUGUUAAGUGCCACAAUGGAAGCUAACCGGGAGCGUUGGAGAAAGCUUUCACGUCAAGUGAUUGACACAUUGCUACCACUCUUGUCCAAGCUGCAAGUUAAUCUGGAUUCUCAGGAUUCUCUUGCAGCCAUAGAAGAGGUGAUGAACGGUGUAUGUGCCAGUGUGUAUCGACCUGUGGACUGUGUACUGAAAGCUCUUUUUACUUCUCCUUGUGAACUAGAGACUACCAUGGGUGUUGAGAGAUGGGUGGGCAGUGUCCUGCUGCUACUUCGCACUCUUAUAACCCACUCUUCCCUGGAGUUAGUGCUGGCACGGCUAGAAGAGCUUGGACUGAGCAUGGACUAUGUACAUAAUGAUACACCAACAGACAGUGUUCACUCCGAAGUUUCCUUAGCACCAGAUGCCUUACGCAGACAGAUAACAGAUUCCUCGACUACUUUCCGAGAUCCUCUCAACGUCACUCAACCAGAAACACUUCCACAGGUUGCUAUGGCUAGAUUUUUGCUUGAAGUAGUUCGUGUGAGUGUGAGCGAGAUCAGAAGUGUGCGGCUAUCUCUGCUAAACAGUGGACAACCACUAGAAGGUGGCAGUGGGCAUCAUUCUCCUGAUAUGCUGGUUCACCUCUCACAUCACUUGUUGCUCACCCUCCUGCAUCUCACACUCUCAGGCCAGUGGAGGGAGGUGAUAACUUCUCUGAAGGACAUUUGCAGUAGUGAAGUUGAAUUAGCUGAAGAAAUUAGCGAAGCUCUGCUCUUUGUAUCAGGCUGGUACCCUUCCCUCACACUGCUCUGGUGUAAAUUACUGACUUGUCUUGACCUCACAUCCCAAAACCUGUGGACACGUGUGCUCAGGACAUGCCAGAGAAAGUCGGUCACCAGUGUCAGCAGUUCUAUUGUGAGUGAAGCGAGUGGACCAUCCAGCUGCUUGUCUUUAGAAUUCUUAAGAAGAUGUGGACUUCUUGUGUUCUCAGAAUUUGUGGUACGGCACAUGCAGGAAGGGGAGUGGUUAACCUGGCUCGUUGUGCAGCACAUUAGUGAUGUGGUUAUCCUCCAUACGGAGCCACCAAUUCAUACGCUCAUCCAGUCCAUCCACGGAUCACCAGCAGCCUCUGCACUCCUCAUUCAAGCCAUCCAUGCUCGGUGUGAAUAUGUCCAAAAGGCAGAGUAUGGUGGGCACAUAAUUUCACUGGUAUCAGGAGUUCACAUUUCACAGUCUGGUGCUCUGAUAACCUUCAUAGUUGAACGAUUACUAGCAUUGCCGUACUUGGUAGUGACUCGGGCUGCGUGUGCAUUGGCGACUCAGCGUCUGCACCUCCUGCUGGCUGUGCCUCCAGGACAGGUUCUCAUUCAGCUCCCAUUAGAAGAUCUUACCAAAAUUUCUAGUUACAUGAAGGAAAAUAACCUUGAUAAGCGAUAUGGACAGUUGUAUGGCCUACUGCAGCGGCUUCUGAGCCAGGUUCACGGUGUCCAUGUUCCCCCCAGCAGUGAGCCCCCACUGCCCAGUCAGUCUCAUCAUACACCAACUACAACUACUCGCUUGGAUCUCAACUGGUACCUCCAACUUGUUAGGAACAGAUGUAUGCGGGGAGAAGCAGGAGGGCUAGAGUGUGGUCAGCUAUUGAGUCAGCUGGAGUAUAGUGAAAUUAUCAACAUUAUGUCUGGGAAAACAUUUAACACUGCAAUGCUGACCCAUACACUCAGGCUUGGACUUACCACUACCCUGCAGGCCAACAGAGACUGGGGUGACUGCAACAGCUCAGUGGAGACGGGUGACAGUGAAGAGUGCAGCAGUGGUAGUGGUACGGGGGAGGCACCAUUAUACACUGCCAGCAAGGUGAUAUUACUUCAGCAUCUAGCCCAAGUCGCAGGAUCCUUGCCACGUCCACAUCACACAUUUACCCCAGGUGGCGGAAACAAGUACAGUGAACGAGUCUGCAAGUUGCUGUCUGGCGACGACGGCAUCGGCAGUGUGGUGGACACGCUGGCUCCAGCUGUGGUGGAGUAUCUUUCUUCCAUGACACGUCUUCCCUGGGGAGCCCAAGUCUUACCAGACAACUCGGAACAUAUUCUGAGAUUUGCUCUUUUGGCAAUGGAGUACCUUCACUGGCAAGUUUGGCUAGGCAGUGUGAGUGUUGAAGUCGCCAGUCUGUGCCUAAAUUGUGUGGAUUCUGUUUUGCGUUGUGGUACUUUAGCCAGCCUGUUGGGUCUGCCUGACAGAAUAUCCUAUGUCUGCUCUAUGGUAGCUGCUCUUCACACUGCUGCAUCUUACCUCAUUAAGCCUAGGGCACUCCCAAGUCUUCCUGCCAGCUUAAGCCAGUGUUUAAAUGGGGUGGAGAGCAGCCUUCUAGUGGCAUGCCGGAGACUGAUGCAGCUGGUGUCUUGGCUGGAGGCGGGAAACCUACGUGAUCUUCCAGCGUGUAUUGCUCACCCAAUUAGAGGCAUUAUAAUGGGUUUGGGACGUAUGCCUGUGGUAAACAGCAUCGUACGAAUACCUCCUGACAUGUGGACGCUGGGAUGGUCCCCUCAGUUCUCUGGGGAGCAUGGUACAAAUCUACCACCAAUCCAGGUGGAAUUAUUGCAAGAAACAGAUGUUCUCAAACAAUUUAUAUUUAGAAUGCAGCUUUUUGGUUGGAUAGGCCGACAACAAUUUGAAGAAACCUGGAUGGCACUCUUAUCAGUUCUAAACUCAACCCCUAGUGAGAAUACUCCAACAGAGGAGCUACCUUUCAUUAAUCUGAGCUUGUCACUGGCUGUGCGAGGAAUCACAGCACUUUUGAUCCAGACCCUUCUGCUCCCCACACCGGGCAACCCUCACAGUGGUCAUUUACUAAGUAUCCCGAGAGAUAAACCUCCACAUUAUCUUACUUCUAAGUCUGGUCGCAAACUUCAAGAGAUAAUGUCACGUCUUCAUGAAAAGCUACGCGAGGUGCAACAUUUAAUCAAAGGAGGACCUCGGCAGACACCAGCAUAUCAACUGAGUCAGGUGUCGGUUGAGUAUCUGGUCACAGCUCUCAACAGCCAUGCAGAACCACCAGACUCUCCUGAUACUAUCUUGCAUACUGGCUGUUAUGAAUUUGAAUUACGAGAGAGACAACUAGCAAGCUGUGGUCUUGAUGUGCAGUCUUGUCUUCACUUCCUUCACUACUUGUAUUCAUCAUGGUUACGACCCCAGAGUGGGUUAUGUGCAUCUGUUGUGGCAGAGGUUGUGAAGUCAGUGAGUUGUUUGUGUGACUUAUUCUGCUCAAGUGCUCACCACCGCUGGGUUCUCGAGUCACUUCUGCCACUUCAUACCCUCCACCCUAUCGAAGACCACAUCACUCAGCAGUAUAUCAUUCUGGCCACCUGUAAAGCUCUUGCAACACUUAGAUUGGCCAAACAGGAAGUGAGCUGUUCACUAAGUGAAGGUGUAAUACACAUAGUAGAAAGUGGACUCAAGAGUGGGCAGGUUUCUGUACGUACCUGUGCCGUCCAGGGCCUUUUAUACCUUCUCCAAGGCCCACCAGAAGAGAGCCCACCCCUCAUCAUUCUGGCUGCUAGCUACAUUCUCAAGUACAAUGAUGGGAAGAGUCGAGAAUGUGAGAGUCAUGAGGUAGCCGUGUGGGAGGUUUGGGUGUAUUUGGUAGAACACUACGAAACUUUACCAGACCCCACGCUGCCAUCCACUGCACUUCAUAUGGCUCUCUCGACUGCAGCCACUUCCUCCACAACCCCACGAUUACUCCACCAAGUCUUGAAAGGUGUAGAAAGGCUGGUGUUAGUUCAGCAGCUCUCCAGCAACACAGUAGAAGUGAUCUUCAAGCUAGUAAUGGAUUUGGUUCUUAAUGGUUCACCUUCCACCUCUCUGGCAGCCUUGCCAUUAUUCAUUACUGCUCUUUAUGCAAAUGUAAGAAACACUGCACUUCUUACACAUGCAGUUCAAGAUGACAUGGCGUCGGACCCAGAAACUCUUUUACUUGUCAUGGAGAAACUCUCCAUCUUUUUUGACCGGAUUCGAGUUGGGUAUCCCCAUGAAGCAGGUGUUAUAUCUGGUCUGCUUGGGCCAUGCCUUUUAGAUGUUCUUCCUCCUAGUCAAAUACUAAAUAAAGUUAUCACAGAAUAUAUAUCCAGCCAUCAACCACAUCCUCAUUUAUUAGCAUCAACUCUCUUCCAGGUAUUUGAGGGUGCAAUCAGUGAGAGUGGGGAGGGCCUAGUACAAGAAUGGGUACUUCUCUCAUUAAGUAACUUCACGCAGCGUACCCCGGUGUCCCUUGCAGUUUGGUGCCUCACUUGCUUCUUUAUUGCAGCCUCGAGUAAUAGGUGGCUAAGAGCAGCUUUUCCUUCUGUUCAAGCACGUUUAGGAAAAUUGGAUGCUCGUGACAUCCAGAUAUUUUGUCUGUCUGCUUCUCAUUUUCGACAGAGUUUGGCAACAGAAAACCAGAGAGCAAAAUUUGAGGCAGUAUUCCAGGCUGUGGCUACUCCAGGAUCACCUUUUCAAGAAUUAUUAGAUUGCAUCAAGGAUUAACUGCAGUUACAUAUAAAAUUAAAUGCUUAAUCAUUAUUGUUUAUGAAGUUGUAUAUAUUAUUAGUUUAUCUCCUUAAAAAAAAAGACUCCUAUUUAGUUGAGAAAAAUGAAAUGUUUAUAUUGAUUGUGCAAACACAAAACGCUACUUACAAGGUGGGUAUUGCGCACGCCUUCAUGGACUGUUUGACUGUGGCAGAAAAUGUGAUUUAGCAAUGGGUGGCUGUUGGUUGAGGAAAUGUAUAAGCUUUAUUUGUAGCUCAAAUGUUGAUAAGGAAUCUCUCACUGCUGUCUCUAUUUUUAUGGAUUAAAUGCAAUCGGUUUAAUUUGGGCUGAAGAUGAAUGCUGUAUAUAAGUUUUGGAGUAUCUUCAGAAGUUAAAUACUAUAUAUUGGAAGUGAUUAAUGCUGUUUCGAGAGAAUUCGUGGCUGUUGGCAUGUAAAUGCUUUCAAACUGCACUGUAUAUUGAUUAUGAAAGUAUUCCUGCCCAGAAAUAUAUUUUUAUGCAAUAUUCAGGUUUGAACAAAUUACAAAGGUAAAUUAAAGAGCUUGUGAUAAAAUAUUUACUAAUAAUAAUUUGCUUUUAAUUAAUAAUAAUAAUUAUUUAUUAAUUUAAUAAUUUGUAUCUUUUAUGUAAAUAAAUUUGCAAAAAAAAAUAUAAUUUUACAAAUGAUACUGAAAUUCAUCUGAAUCAAUCUUUGAAAUUUCAGCAAUUAUUGUAAUUUUUUUUAUGUAAUAUUCUAUACUGUAUUUACUUUGCGUGGCUGUGAUACAAGAUAGGUCAGUUUCUUUGUGUUUGUCUUUCCAUGAAAUGGUAUUUUCCAGAAGUACAGGAGGAUUUUGAAACCGUUUAUAAAUGUGGAUACUGUGUGUGCAAGAAUCCUACCAUUGGCCUGAGGAAGGCUUGAUGGCUGAGUGGACAGCCAUCGGGAUUUGUAGUCCUAAGGUUCCGGGUUCGAUCCGCGGCGGAGGAGGAAACAAACGGGCAGAGUUUCUUUCAUCCUGAUGCAACUUUUCACCUAGCAGUAAAUAGAUACAGUACCUGGGAGCUAGACAGCUGCUAUGGGCUGCUUCCUGGGAAUGUGUAACAAAAAGGAGGCCUGGUUAAGAACUGGGUCACAGGGAUACUAAGCCCUGAAAUCAUCUCAAGAUAACCUCAAGAUAACCAAGGUUUGGCUCUUUGGAACUCUUAGCUGACCCCCCUACCCCCUUCCGUACCUAACAUACCCUUCUUCAUUCCCACUGCCUCUUAUACUAAUAUAACAAGUAGUCUUUUAACAUCUUUAUCUCCUAAUAUACUCAUUCUUCAUCAGCAUUUGUCUAUUUUUCUUCUCUUUUUAUCUUCCUUGUAUCUUUUGGCAUAAUUUCUCAUUCCCUUCUCCCUCAGGAGACAUAACUUUGAUAUGUGGUACAAACAGCUUUUUUAAAGCUUUUAAAAUUGGAAUCGAUGUUGAUGAGCCGACGGUACAGUAAACACAACAUCAUGGCUAAUGUAAUUAUGUCAUAUUUAUUGUAAAAAGGUCAUGUGAAUUAUUUACAAACAUUGUUUCAUAUCAUUUUGUAGUAGUAGUCAAGCAAUAUUUUAAACAAAAAAGAAAAUGUCAAUGCUAAGAGUAGGUAAAUUUCCUUUUAAUGUUUACAUUUUAUUGUCAUUAUAGAGUCUUUCCAGAAUUAUAAAUAUUUAUUCGCGUCGAUAGAACAUUUAUCGAGACCUGUAACCUAGCAACCGUUGGAAGUAGGAUGCAUGAUUGUGUAUCACAGUCAUUAUUUAAAACAAUAGGUUUAGAGAAGCUUUGUUUUAAAGUUGAUAUGAAAGUUUCACUGAUGAGAGAGAGGCUUGAGCCAUGACGGCUCUUUACACAUGGCCUACCAUUAUGGUGGUUGUGUCUUACGUGACAAGGUUCAGUUAGCAGUGCUCUGGAUUUUGAGCCAAUGUCUUGUAAGUUUAGUGUCACAACCAGACAGGGGUCGAAAGGCAACUAUUUCUUUGUUGUGCACUUAGCCGCUUGCUCUGGCAUGUCAAGACGUGACUUGCCAGAGUCUUGACUUCUGUUGGGGACUGUGACUCCUUCACAGCGUAGGAUUGCUAUCUGAAGUAGGCAACAUUAAGAAUACUAGUCUGGCAAUUUUAGAAGUUUGAUGUAAAAUUAUCAUUGUCAUAUUGCUAGGAAUUCUGGUGGUUUUCGUUAUCACCAAUUAAAUAUGUUUUCUCACAUUGUACUUCCAGUAUAUGCUUUACUGACAGAUUAACCACUUUGUCAUACAGACUUUCAAACAUUCUGUUUUGCAUUUUAUCAUGGGAAUCCAGAUAUGUACAUAUAUUUAAAUUUUCCAGGUCAUUUCUUUUGCAAUUAUGUCUCCAUCGCUCGAUAAAAUUACAAUGAAUCUCUCCUUUCCUUCAUUUAAUGAACUUCUCUCCCACAUGUUCGUAUUUGUUCCCCCCAUCUCUAAUCUCAUGUCAUCAUACAUUACCCUGAAUUCACAGAGCAUAUCAACUUGGUACACCUGUGGGCUAUGCAAACUGUAAUAGCUAGUUGCAGAACCUCUCGUAGUGAACAUCUCUGUACUUGCCAUUACUAUUUCACUUGGGUAUACUUCUAGUGAUCAAGCAACAUAUCUCUAUUGUCUCCUGAAUAUUUAAAGAAAAUGCAGGAUAAUUUAGAAUUGUUGUAUGUUCUUUCAAUGGAUUAACAAAUUCAAAUGCGUCUUCAUUCCACAGUAUUUAUCAGUCUGAUCUGUUUAAUGCUAGAAGUUAUGUGAUGAGUAAGGUUAGUACAGUUCUUGUGUACUACUGUACAAUAGUCUCAAAGACACACAAAGCAUCUAAGUAUUGUUUUUUGUAAUCAAGUUACAAAAAAAAAAUUGAGUAAUCAUUAAGUGUCUUGUGACUCCUUAUCAAGAAGUUAGGUUACAUUAGGUGCAUUUAAAGUUUUAUUAGUAGUCACUCCAUUAAUUUAGCUGUUUUAAUUUUCUAAAAGCUUAAUGAAAUACUGCAUUGUAUAUACAGCAGUGCUUGUUGGUAAACCUAAAGUCUAUUGUUAGGAUUUGAUUCAAAAGAUACAGAACGUGAUAUGGUAUCAAGCUAAUGAAGAAAUUGAUAACUGAAGUCCAACAGCAUGACUUGUACAUUCAGUAUUAUGGCCAUACCAUAAUCUGUAUUUCUGUUUCAAGACUGCCAGUACAUAGCAUAAUAUUAUGGUAUAGACCUUUAAUGGAUACAGAAAAAAAUUGUGAUAAAUAUAUAAAAUAUAUCUUAUAACAUUGGUUAUGUGUGUGAAUUUAUACUUUAUCCCCCGUUUUAAGAAGGAUAAAUUAGGAAGUUUACACUAAUUAAUUUAACUAAGCCUGCACAAUUUAGUGUCCAUAGUCAGUUCUUGCAGGUACAUAGGAAGCAGAAACUUGUCAUAAUUUAUGUAUAGUCAAUUUUACAUUAUAGGAUAAUGAAUUAUUGGAGCAUGCAUCGGUGAACAACUAUGUAAAAAUUGGUAAUGGUAUGAUCUUUAUAUUAUUUAAUUAAAAAAAAGCAAAGUUUUUAUUCAAAUAAUUUUCCUUGCAUAUUUAUUGUACAGUAUAUGAUGUAUAGUUUCUUUUAUUGCACUGUUACUGACAAAGAUGUUAAUGUGAUGAAAAUUGAAUGCAUAGUAUGAAGUGAAGAGGAAGCAUUUCAUCAAUUCCAUUUUUAGUCAAAUAACUAUAACAUUAGAUAUAAUUAAUUUCAUCAGAAUUGCUUCUUUUAUUUUUGCCUGGUUGCCCUUGGCUGUAGAUAUGUAAGCUUCCACCCUCGUCAGGUAGGCAUGUACUGUACUGUACGUUACUAAAAGCAUUCAAAUGAUUGUGUAUAUAAGUACAAUGUGUAUAUAUAUAUAUAUAUAUAUAUAAAUGAACUAAUUGUAUAGAUAAAUAUUCUGUUAGUUUUUGUUGAUAAUAUCUGGUAAUAAAAUAAAUGAUAUUAUGGUU